UCCCUCCCUAUAUAUAUUCAAAUAUUUCCUCGCAUAACAUUGUUGAAUAAUUUACUCCAGAAACGUUGUUUCACGCCUUUGUUUCGUCUAAAUUUCUUUAAUUAACCCAUACGUAAUGAUAUGGUCUCUUCUGCUAAGAGAUCAUCCCCAGAUGAAGAAUUAUUGCACCAGAACAUCUGCUGCCAAUUAUUUAUGGAUGUCCAUUUUCCACUCUACAUAUCUUCCAUUAACCCAUAUCCACCUUUAUUCAUUUAGAAAUGAUUCUUCAAAUUUAUGACAAAUUGUAGGUCUCUUAAAGGUUGGACUCAGUCUGCAACAAGCAGUCUGGUAAAUAAAAAACACAUCCACAUUGCUUAUUUUAUUUAUGUCAAAGCAAUCUCAUGAUAUCUAAGAUAAGAAACUGAGCCAUGACAGAUAUUUAAAGAUAUUUCUCAGCUUUUUAAGAAUUCCUCAAGAAUCAAUAUGGAGGUUAAUCACCUGGACAAUUCUAACACAACUGUUUUUAACCAUAUAAAUACAGUUAGAGAGAUGGACGGAGAUGAGAAAAUUGUAGACAAAAAUGUUACUGAAUAUCGUUGUGAGAUUUGUAGGAAGGGGUUCUCUUCUGAACAUGAAGUUUUCACACACAAAAAAACACACACAGGAGACAGACAGUUCCGUUGUGGAAUAUGUGAAAAAUCUUUCAACCAGAAAUGCCAUCUCGUCAUCCAUAUACGUAGUCACACUGGAGAAAAACCCUUCCGCUGUGAAAUAUGUGAGAAAUCGUUCACAGAUAAUACUAAUCUUGUAGUUCACAAAAGAAUCCACACCGGAGAAAAACCAUUCCAUUGUGAAAUAUGUGGGAAAUCUUUCACUGAUAAUUCUAACCUUGUCGUUCACAUAAGAAUCCACACUGGAGAGAAACCGUUUCACUGUGAUAUUUGUGGGAAAUAUUUUGUUGCUAACAGCGUCUUAAGAACACACAAACGAAUACAUACUGGAGAAAAACCAUACCGUUGUGAGAUCUGUGGGAAAUCUUUUAUUGAAAAUUCAAAGCUUACUAUCCACAGACGUAGUCACACUGGAGAAAAGCCAUAUCAUUGUGAAAUAUGUUGGAAAUCUUUUGUUAGUAAGAGUAAUUUAACACAACAUGAAAGGAUUCACAGUGGAGAAAACCCAUUUCACUGUGAAGUGUGUGGGAAAUCGUUCUCUCAGAAUUCCAGUCUUGUGGUUCAUGAAAGGAUCCACACAGGAGAAAAACCUUAUCACUGUGAAAUAUGCGGCAAGUCUUUUGUCUCCAACAGUGAUUUAAACAGACAUAAAAUUAUACACACUGGAGAGAAACCAUUCAAAUGUGAAGUAUGCGACAAAUAUUUUGUCAGUAACAGUUAUUUAACAAAACACAGAAGAAUACACACUGGAGUAAACAUCUUUCAUUGUGAGAUUUGUGGGAAGUCGUUUAUCACAAACAGCCUGUUAAAAAGACACAAGCAAAUACACUCUGGAGGGAAGUCUGUUAAAGACGAGACUUGAGAAAUGGUUCUCUGGCUAAUCUAAAUUUAUUUCUACCAACAUAUAUAUAUAUAUGUGUGUGUGUAGUUUGUGCCCGGUGACUGUGUAGAGAUGUUACACAUGUUGUAAUUCAUUCUUUGGCAUGUUCUCAGCACAAGAAACUAUUAGUAGCAUGUAAAAAUAUGUAUUGUGUCUAUUAAAUAAUAUAUAUAUAUUUAUAUAGAUUAAAGCAGAAAUGAAAAGACAAAUGGUUUGGCAAGACUUGACAAGGACAUUUAAUUUAGCUAUAUGAUAAAAAGGUAUACACAGUCUCUAACAGCUGCUUCUAGAAUAUCUCAACUGGAACAUAGUGUUGAGCAAGGAUUCCAUAGGCUGAGUAUCCUGUCAUUGGAGAGAAAUAGAUUAAAUAUAUGUAACAUCAUCAUCAUCAUCAUCAUCAUCGUUUAACGUCCGCUUUCCAUGCUAGCAUGGGUUGGACGAUUUGACUGAGGACUGGUGAAACCGGAUGGCAACACCAGGCUCCAGUCUGAUUUGGCAGAGUUUCUACAGCUGGAUGCCCUUCCUAACGCCAACCACUCAGAGAGUGUAGUGGGUGCUUUUACGUGUCACCCGCACGAAAACGGCCACGCUCGAA